CCCCACUCUCCAAAGCUGACGGCUGAUGUGUGGGUAGGUGACUUUUGUUCGCUUUGCGUCUACUCUAUUUUCCUUCUUCCACCAAAAUUUUCUGGGUUCGUUUUGCUUUCUCUUUUGUCGUUCACUUUCUGCGUUUUGUUCCUCUGUUUCUCGUCUCUGCUUCCGAUCUGCUUCUCAAACAUAAAAAAUGGAGUUGAAGCUCUUAAAACCAGUGAGUCCUGCCGUUUCUACUCCUCGUUCUUUCAAAUAUUCACUCCCAAACACCCUUUUAGUCACUCGGACUUGGCAGAAUUCCAACUUCAGAUGUGCCCGAUCAUGGUCACCGAGAAAAUGUAUUCCAACUGUCCAAGCUUUGGUUUCUACUACCAGAUUGCAGAGUAAGAAUAGAGUGGAUGGGAGCGAAAGCUUAACCCUGGAUAGUAUAAGACAUUCUCUGAUCCGACAAGAAGAUAGCAUAAUAUUUGGCCUCUUGGAGAGGGCUCAGUAUUGUUACAAUGCUGACACAUACGAUCAAAAUGUAUUCUCCAUUGAUGGGUUCCGAGGUUCAUUGGUUGAGUUGAUGGUCAGGGAAACUGAAAGGCUUCAUGCACGGGUUGGCAGAUACAAGAGCCCAGACGAGCAUCCUUUCUUUCCUGCAGACUUACCAGAGCCAAUGUUGCCACCUCUGCAAUACCCACAGGUUUUGCAUCCUAUUGCCAAUUCUAUCAAUAUAAACAAGAAGAUCUGGGACAUGUAUUUUUGUGAUCUUCUUACAAGAUUGGUUAAAGAAGGUGAUGAUGGUAAUUGUGGAUCAACAGCUGUUUGUGACACAAGUUGUCUGCAGGCACUCUCAAAGCGAAUUCAUUAUGGCAAAUUUGUCGCAGAGGCGAAGUUUCGAGCUGCCCCUGCUGUCUAUGAAGCUGCCAUUCAAGCACAAGACAGAGAUCAAUUGAUGGCUUUGCUAACCUAUGAGGCAGUGGAAGAUUCAAUCAAGAAGAGAGUUGAGAUGAAAGCCAGGACAUAUGGGCAGGAAGUUAGUAUCAAUGGAGAGAUGGCUGGAGAUGAUUCAGUAUGCAAAAUCAACCCUAGCUUAGUUGCCAAUCUAUAUGGCGAGUGGAUCAUGCCUUUGACCAAGGAAGUUCAGAUUGAGUACUUGUUGAGAAGGUUGGACUGAGGAACAACAACCUAUAUAUGCUAGGGCUUUUAUAUUGUGAUGCCGAUGUUAAUAUGUAAGAUUUACUUUAGUUUUUUUUUUUUUUUUUUUUUAUGCGGUACAAACCAUAGUUAAAUAUGAUGCAGUUGAUAUAAUUCAGAUUCUAAACUUGUUCUAUCAAGACAUCAAGGUAUGACCCAUUUGGAUACCAA